UGCGGGCCGUGGUGGUGAGGAGGAGGAGGAGAAGGGGGAGGAGGAGGGGAGCGGCCUUCCUCCCUCGUGGUUCUGUAUCAGAGCCCUCCUGGGGCUGUCCGUCCAUCUGUGCGUCCAACCCUGCAGGUCCACUGGAAUAAAAGCGGUUUGUGAGACAGUGGCGGUGCUGGGGGGGUCCGUCCUGCCUCCCCCUGCAGCCCCUCCCCAACCCUCACCCCCCCGGCAGCUGUGUUUGCUCAGAGAAUUGGCCCCGGGCUGCACACGGUGCUGACGUCCGUCCUAUGGCUCAUACACGUCCCAGGGGAUGGCACUGCAGGGAUGUCUCCUUUCGGUCACCAUAGAGGUUGGGUUGGGGGGGAGGACACCCUAUAGCCAGACUGUGGGUGGGGAGGGAGACCCCCGCAGACAGGCUGUGCCUCCCUGCCUGCGUCAGUGGGUGUUUGCCCACCACCCACGGGCUGUUGGGGGGGGGGAGAUAAAGGCAGCUGAGCCCCGCAGCGGAGGGGAUGGACGCUGCAGUGGGAAGAUGGGCACUGCGUGGCUCUGCUUGCUCUGCGCAGCCAGCGCCGGCCUCGUCCCGCUGGGCAGUGGGGGGGAACAACGGCUGUGGGCAGCCCCACGUCGUGAGGAGCCGGAGCUGAAAAGGGAUCCCCAGCGGGACGGGAUGGGCAGCAUUCACCUGCUUGUUCUCUCUCUGCUCACGGAGCUCCUGCCCCGCGGCGCCGACGCCAGAGGUGCCGGUGUUGAGGCUCUGCAGGAGGUGCUGGAGAAGCUGCGGAGCCGGGAGCUGCCGCCGACAGCCAAGAAGCCGGGCAGGGUACCCUCGUGCCACCUCGGGGAGCCCUGCGCCGUGCGGGUGGGGGCUCGCUAUGGGAAGCGCUGCAGCUGCCCCCCCGGCACCGCCUGCAACCUCUACGUCCUGCGGUGCUCCUGAGGGCUGGGGGCACCACGGCUGCUGCCGUCUGCCGGGAUGCCGCUGUUUCAGGCUGUGCCACGUGCUGUGGAAGGGGGGGGCCGCGGGUCCCGGCCCACUCCCCGCACGGAGAUGCGCUCCUCUGCCCUGAUCUGAGUGCCUUCACACCCCCCUGGGGGCCGCAUUAAACCUCUUGGACCCGUG